UGUCGUCUCUGUUGUUACAGCUAAGUCAUAACAAGAGUAUUAUAUAUAGAUUUAGGCUACAAUAUUUAGGUGUUCCAGUACAUGUGUUUUAACUAUGGUGGAUUAUAACGAAGUUCUUUCAUACAAAGUUCAUAAAUGUUCAAGUUAUUCAGCAAACUAUGUACCAGAUAACGUUCUAGUGAACAAACCAAACCGUCAAUCAUCUCGUUGGUCGUCAGGAACCAACUACCCCCCACAAUUCCUUGUUCUUAAACUCACCGAACCAGCCGUUGUAUCUUCGAUCACGUUCGGGAAGUACGAGAAGACACAUGUCUGUAAUCUCAAGAAGUUUGAGAUACAUGGGGGAAUGGAGGAAAACAAUCUUAUUCUUCUUUUACAAGGAGGGCUGAAGAAUGAUAAUAUACCAGAAACAUUUUCACUUAAACAUAAAAUUGAUGGCAAAGAAUUCCCGUGCACAUUUAUUAAGAUUGUUCCCAUAUUAUCAUGGGGUGCUAGCUUCAACUUCAGCAUUUGGUUUAUUGAGGUCCAGGGAAGCAACAACGCGGAACUUGUUCAAUCGUGUUUGCAAUGGUACUUCAAGUAUCGUGAGCGUGAGGUUGUGAGGUUAUGUUUGAAACACUUCCGUCAACAUAAUUACAUGGGAGCUUUUGAAAGUUUGCAAAAGAAAACAAAGAUCUUACUUGAAGACCCCUUGCUAUCCAACCUACACCAAGUGUUGGUGUGUGGAAGUGACUUUGAAUCUACAGAAUCUGUCAUUGAAAAUGCAAUCAAAGACGGUAUGUUCAGUUCCUACAUUGGAAGGCAAGUCUACAAACCCAAGUGGACGUCGAUUGUUACGAAGCGAAGGGAUGGCUGUGGUGAACACCCGGGUAUGAGGGGUGGACACCAGAUGUGUGCCGAUCAUAUUAAUAAUAUAUUAUACUUGCUUGGUGGUUGGAAUGGUGUUGAAGACCUUGCAGACUUCUGGCAGUACUGUGUACGUAGUGGUGUAUGGACAUGUAUAUCACGUAACACAGCAAGUGAUGGGGGGCCAUCUGCAAGGUCGUGUCAUAAGAUGUGUAUCGACUCAAAGAAUGGAAAGAUAUAUACAUUGGGAAGGUAUCUGGAUUCAAUCAAGCGGAACCAUCAAUCGGUUGAAAACGACUUCCAUGUUUAUGACAUCACACAGGGUGCAUGGAGCUUGAUAUCGAAGAAUGUUUCAGCGGCUGGUGGUCCCAAACUUAUAUUUGAUCAUCAGAUGUGUUAUGAUGAGCGUACGCACACAAUAUUUGUGUUCGGUGGUCGCAUACUAACAUGCGCCACCACCCUGCAUGGUGCUGGGUUGGGUCCCACCCAUGAUGAGAGACCCAUACCUGAGUUCAGUGGUUUAUAUUCAUAUAAUGUCGACACCAAUACAUGGAGGUUGCUAAGGGAAGAUUCGGGAAACGCCGGACCACAAGACAUAAGAUCAAGGAUAGGGCAUUCAAUGCUACUCGAUUCGAAGAACCACCGGCUUUACAUCUUCGGUGGCCAGCGGUCCAAGGAAUACGUGAACGACUUCUUUUACUACGACAUCGAUCGUGACCAGGUUACCGUGCUUAACGAUGGAACUCGUAAAGAACCCGGACUUCCACCAUCGGGGUUCACACAGAGAGCAACCAUCAACUCAGAUCUUGGGGAGAUUCAUAUGCUCUCUGGUUUGAGCAAGGAUCGUGAAAAGCGAGAGGAAAACAUGCACAACUCUUUCUGGGUUUACCUCAUCCAGGAGAACAGGUGGUCUUGUAUUUAUAAGAAUAAUGUUCCAUCUAAUAAUGGAUCAAGCCAAGAUAUAAGAACUCACUUCACGAUAAGCAAACCAACCCAGUUGUGCGACUACGAACACACCAAACAGGAGCCUUGCCCAAGAUAUGCUCACCAGCUUGUGUAUGAUAAUGUUCGACAGGUCCACUAUAUGUUUGGUGGCAACCCUGGUAAAACUAACCAACCCAAACUAAGAUUGGAUGACUUCUGGUCACUUAAACUAACCAGGCCUACAGAGGAUGAUAUAUUAAGGAAAUGCAGGUACGCCAUCCGCCGGCAGCACUUCCGCGAGUUGGCCGUCCGCAACCCGGUGUCUGCGCUCGGCUUCCUACAGACGAGAGUCUCUGACGUAGUUGACCACAAUGACGUCAAAGAAGAAACAGAAUUUCGGUUUCUGACGUCAUCAUUGUUUGGCGACGGUGACGGUUUAGACAGUGACGAUUGUGACGAAACAGACGACACUAACUCUACUUAUCUUUACACCGAUUCAGACGAAGCGCGCGCGGGUAGAACAGCGUUGUUCGACUCCCUUGUCAAAUACUUUCCGGACAGGAUGACGCAACCACGGGGAAAUCUAAUCGAUCUCAUCUCGUUUUAAUUCAACACAGAAAUCAUAUAUACAGGAAUCAUGGAGAUAUUUUUUCAAUACAAACUUGCGAUCGUGA